CCACCGGUUAAGGGUGAGGAAGGCAGUGCCGUCUUCGAUUCGACUGUUUCAUUUGCCGACAUGGCGUGGCUGGCGGUGUUCGGUGGCCUGGCUGUGCUGCUGCUGGUGGCGGCAUGGGCGGUGAGGAUGCUGGACUGGGCGCUGUGGCGGCCGCGGCGGAUGGAGCAGUCGUUCCGGGCGCAGGGGCUCAAGGGCUCCACCUAUCGGCCCCUCAGCGGCGACCUCAAGGACAUGGCGCGGCUGGCCGAGGAGGCACGCGCCAAGCCCAUGCCCGCCUUCUCCCACGCUAUCUUUCCCCGCGUCAUGCCCCUGUUCCAGCGCGUCAUCGAGACCUACGGGAAUGACAACAAAGUGACGUUCCACUGGAUGGGACCGCUUCCCAGAGCGCUGAUCGUGGAUCCUGAUCAAGCGAGGGAGGUUUUGGCCAACAAGACCGGCGAGAUCGGGAAGGCGAGAGCCACCUACCUGGUGAGGUACUUCAUUCGAGGCUUGCUGGGUUAUGAAGGCGACAAAUGGGCCCAACACCGCAAGAUUUUGAACCCCGCUUUCCACAUGGAGAAACUAAAGGGCAUGUUGCCGGCCUUCGCUGCUUGCAGCGAGGACCUGGUCGACCAGUGGGAGAAGAUGGCGGCGACAGGGAAAGAGGUAGAUGUUUGCGUUGAGCUUCAGAGCUUCACCGGAGAUGUCAUUUCUCGCACUGCUUUUGGUAGUAAUUUCGAGGAAGGAAGAAAAGUUUUCCGGCUUCAGGAUGAGCAAGCUCUGCUCGUUGCCACUACUCUGCCAUAUGCACAUAUCCCAGGUUACAGGUUUCUGCCCACCCGAAACAACAAUAGAUUGGAAUCGAUCGACAAAGAGGUGCGACAAAUUUUACUGGGCAUAAUCAAGAAGAGAGAGGAGAGUAUGAAAUCGAGCAAAGGAAACAACGAUGACCUUCUUGGCUUGUUGAUGGAGUCCAAUCUGCAACACCUCCGGGAGCACGGGAAGGCCGGGAUGACCACCGAAGAGGUGGUGGAAGAAUGCAAGCUGUUCUACUUCGCAGGCCAAGAGACGACGUCGCUGUUGCUGACAUGGACGAUGGUGGCGCUGAGCAUGCAUCAAGAUUGGCAAGAACGAACACGGCAAGAGGUUCUGCAAGUUUUCGGAAAAGAGAAGCCGACUUUUGAUGGAUUGAGCCAGUUGAAGACCAUGACGAUGGUUCUGUACGAGGUUCUGAGGCUGUACCCGCCGGCGAUCGGCAUCCAGCGGCAGGUCUUGAAGACCAUCAAAAUUGGGAACGUAGUCUACCCUCCCGGCGCACUGCUCUUCUUGUCCUUCAUCCAGAUGCACCACGACCCGGACUUCUGGGGCAAAGACGCGGACGAGUUCAAGCCGGAGAGGUUCGCUCAGGGCGUGUCCAAGGCGUCGGCGAAGAACGCGUUCUUCCCCUUCGGCGCCGGCCACCGGAUCUGCAUCGGCCAGAACUUUGCUCUGGUGGAAGCCAAGUUGGUGCUGUGCUUGAUCCUUCAACGCUUCUCGUUUGAGCUGUCGCCGUCGUACACUCACGCGCCGCACACAAUUCUCACCCUCAAGCCUCAACAUGGUGCUCCGAUCAGGCUGCGCAGGCUGUGAGUCCAAUGCAUAGUAAUGAAGACAAAAAUAAUAAUGGAGGAUGCUAAUCAUUAAAAAAACAUCAUUUUUCCCCAGCAUCUCCCAGCAAAUAAGACAUGUUUCUUUUUAGUCAAAGUGUGUUAACAGUCGUUAAGCAUAUGACAUCACCAAACCAUGGGAAAAUUUUCCUUUUUCCCUACAAAUUAAAUCAAUUCUCACGCACGUGCACACCAUGCACUGUCAAUAUUUUCUUAAGAUGAUUCAUUCAUUUUUAGCAUCCUUG